AUGAUCAUUGCUUUACCAUCAAAUCUAUUACCACUCUACCUUGUCUUCUACGCCAAACCUCUUCUCCAAACGAUACUUGUUCUCCUCGUUUUAUCGUACAUUUUAUGGUAUAUACGUUUUGUAAUAAGCUUGGCUGCCAAAAACGCUACAUCUAUACCUACAGAAGCCGCCCGUCGAUAUCUCAUUGACGGUAACAAUAACGUACUUGCAACAAACUUGAAGAUAAUAUGGGCGUCUGCACGAGUGUUGUCUGUGAACUAA